AUGUUUCUUGAUGAGUAUAUCCCCGACUCCAUUCAAGAUGACAAGAGAGAGGAGUUCAUGAAAUUGAAGCAGGGGUGGGGGCAGACUGUCGCUGAAUACACUGAGCAAUUUAAGAAGUUGUGCAAAUAUGCUGAUCCCGCAUACCGAACAGCGACAGGGAUGCGAGAUCGCUAUAUUCGAGGCUUGAAAGUAGAAAUUAAGAAAUGUAUGGGAGAAGCGGAGAGGAUAUCUCAAUCCAUAGCUUAUCGGGCUGCCCUUCGCAUCGAGAAGGAUGAGAAGAUGGCUCAGGAAGAGAGGGCUGCUAGAUUCGAUGUUCGAAAGAGGAAAGAGUCCACCUACUCGGGGAGCCAGACUCUCUCAACUCACCCUUCUAAGAGAGGACCUGGUUCUACCCUCCAGCUGCCUUCCCAUAGCAAGGCAGGCUCUAACAGGAGUGCACCCACGCAGUACCAGACACAGUACCCGCUCUGUCAAUUUUGUGAGAAGCAUCAUCCGGGGGAGUGCAGGUUCAAGCUAGGCCUCUGCUUUGGAUGUGGUCAGCCGGGGCAUAAAAAGGCCAAUUGUCCACGAUUCACGGGACGAACUAUGGCCGUAUCUGAGCCUUCGGUUGGUGGAGGAAGGAUGCAAUCAAGCGGGAGAUUCAAUGAUAGAGCAGCCACCACCAGCAACAUCCACAAUAAUCGUCGCGACCAGAGUCAAAUUUCCAAAGCUAGCAGGCAACCCACACUCUUUGCUAUGGGGAGAGAAGAAGCUAACGCAGCCCCAGAGGUUGUGACUGGAGCUGCUGGAAACCAGGAGCUUGUAGACCACCCACAGGUGCACAGUUGCUGUUCAGGAUGUCAUCAGAGGGGUUAG